AUGAAAUCUAGAGUUGGUUCUCUAUUCAAGCUCUGCAUAGUGUUUCCUGUGUCGUGCAAUCGCUCUCCUAUGCCCAAAUCUUCUCUCCCAUCCUGUUUAAGUUUCGUGCACACCACCUUUUCGACAGUUUGCCUCACCCAGGAAGAAAGCAUAGUUGAAGACACUUUUGACCAGCCAAAGACAUCUGCAGAAGUUCUGGAGAAAUGGGGUUGUUGUGAAGCUGACAUAUCGCAGCUGUUCAAGCGGCGGCCUGCUUUAAGGAAAGCUGACCUUAACCAGCUUCAGUACAAGCUAAACCUUCUUAGUGAACUGGGUAUCACUGCGCCUGAUCUUUUGAAGAUCAUCGACUGUCGCCCCCGGUUAUUGAGUCUUCGCAUUGAUCAUUGCUUUGAUGAGCGGCAUAAGUUCUUUAUGAAAAUAUUUGGGUCUAGGGAACUGCUUGUCAAAGCCAUUGUAAGGAACCCGUCUCUCUUGAUUUAUGACUUCCAUAAUAAGGUCAAGCCGACCAUUGCUCUUUAUGAGGGAAUGGGUCUAAGCCGAGAGGAGUUGGUCCCAAUGCUACUAUCGAGGCCGACAUUGAUCCCUAGAACUGUAUUUAACGAUGAGAAGGUGGAGUAUAUACAGAAAACUGGACUUUCGAAUAAGUCCAGGAUGUAUAAGUAUGUUGUAACACUCAUUGGCAUUUCACGCCUUGAAACUAUCAGUGAGAGAAUAUCAAAUUUUGAAAAGUUUGGUUUCUCAGAAGAUGAGAUCUUCAGCCUUAUGGGAAGGUCUCCCUUAGUGUUUUUCCUUUCGGUGGAUAAGGUUCAGAGGAACAUGACUUUCGUGUUAGGACAAAUGAAACUUCCUGCUACAGUGAUUCUUGCGCACCCGUUUUUGCUGUACAUGAAUCUGGAGACUGCUUUGAAGCCACGAGUAUGUCUUGCAGGAAAAAUCGAGGAUAUGGGUCUUGAUGAGCAAAUUAAAGGACCUAAGUUGCUGACGGCAUUGAGAAUGACAGAGAAGAGAUUUGUGAAGGCAUUCAUUAAUUGUCACCCGAAGGAUGUUGCUGAUCAAUUGAUGGAGUACUAUACAAAAGCAAAGGGUGUGAAGCGAUUGGCAGAAGCCUCAAAGAAGAAAUCGAAUGAAGGAUUUCCUUACUAAAUUUUGGUUAUCAGGUUUUCUUCUUUUGACCUCAAAGAUGUCUAGUUUUGUUAUUUUACUUGUCUAUAUCAUUGAUUUACAUGUGCAUUUUGUUUAAGCGGGAUUGUCAUUCUUUGUAAG